AUGUACAUACACAGAAAUACACUUACACAGACACAUGUACAUACAUACACAGACACAUGUACACACAGACACAUGUACACACACACAGAUACAUGUACACACACACACAUACAUGUACAUACACGCAGACACAUGUACAGAUACUCACAUGUACAUACACACAGACACAUGUACAAUUGUACAUGCAUACACAGACACACACAAACACACACACAUGUACACGUACACACACCCCAUAAAAAGUUGCAGUACUUCGUUGUUCACUCACAGAGCCGGGUACUGCACUCUAGGGGGAGGCAGAGAGCACAGCACACACUACUUGCGUUGCUUUCACUGCGCUCAGCUAUUGAGCAGUCUGACGGCUCCCAGUGCCAAUGACAGAUCCAGCCUGAGCUCCGAGCCUGCUCAGCAAGACGGCACUGGGGGACACACUCGCCCCCACCAUAAUUUCCACUCGCCACUGGCAAGCAGGCGAGUGGAAAUUUCAAUCCCUGAGUUAUGUCACUAU